AUGUUCAGAGGCACUCACUGGCAUGGACGGGAGUCUUUCAAGAACAUCAUAGUAUUCGGUGGCUCAUAUUGUAAGUCGAGCAAGAGUGAGACCUGGAUUAACCGUAUGAAAAAGCGAUUACGGGAACACAGCAAUUCUGUCAAAGUGCACAACUUCGCGUCACCCGGAGCAACUGCUGAAGAUGACCUCUCAGACCAGCUCUUGCGCUUCUUCAUGAUGUUUCCUAAGAAAGAUCCGUCCGAUCCGACUUCUGUACUUGACCCGGCAACGACAACUUUCUAUUUGUCAUUUCUUUAUAGUCGUUCAACUCGACAAGGUCAACUGACUUUCCUUGAAGCCGUCCUGGACGGCGUGGACGACCUUUACACCAAAGCGGGGGCAAGGAAUUUCGUUCUUGUGGAUAUUCCACCCAUCGACCACUCUCCGCAAGCGGCUGAUUCCGGCUCCAUGGACAAAAUUGAGGAGCGUGUCAAGGCCUGGAACAUAAUUCUAAAGAGAGGGACAGCCGAGUUCGCCACGAGCACCAAGCCUGCCACGACAGUAUUGUUCUCCUCUUAUCGGGUGCUGAUGGAGGUGCUUGAAGAACCUUGCGAAUUUGACUUCAACGAAGACGAUCCCACCACUGAGGGUGGCGGAAUCUGGGCCGAUGACCUGCACUUGACAGUAGAUAUGCAUGAUAUCUUAGCAGAGCGAUUGCUUACAUCCUUGUUUCCUUCAACAGUGUAA